CAGGAUUCACACCUGUGUAUGUUUUCGGAACUUCUCUUGUAAAUUUGCACCAUAGACUGUAUACAGUCUAUGAUUUGCACACUGUCAGUGCAAAAGAACUCUCGUGAAAUCGUCCUAAUCACGUGGGCUGCUAAAUCUGCUCUUGAAUCCGUCAUGUUUGGGCUGAUCAUCUGCACCGAACACUGGUGAAAGAGUGUGCCAGCGUGCCGGUAGAGCACUGGAUGUCCACCGAACUAAUGCAAUGGCCUUUCUUAACGGUGGUAGUGGAAUGGACCAGGAGUCGUUUCACCUCAUUCCUUAUUCUAAAUCCAUCAGGACUGAAAAACUUGAACAGGAAAAAUUAUCUGGUGUAGUGAAGAAUGUCCACCGAAAACUCCGCAGGAAAUAUGUUGAAGUGGGUGACUUUGAGAAGAUUUGGCGGGAGCACUGUGAGGAUGAGCGAACCCUCAGCGAGUAUGCUGUGGCCAUGAAGAACCUGGCUGAUAACUACUGGACUAAAAACUGUGAAGGAGAAGUUCGUAUUGAAUGGUGUCGCAGUAUUUGUCAAGACUAUUUUCUUGAUGGUGGAAUGAAGAGAAUGCUGGAAAAAGAUGAGAAAAGUGCAAAGUUUGCCUUUGGUGGGCCUGCUGUAAAUGUCCAGUCUCACUCCUCUUCAAGGUCUACUCUUCAUUCAGGCAAGAUCCGGCUAUUGGAUGUGGGCAGCUGUUUUAACCCCUUUCUGAAAUUUGAUGAAUUCUUCACAGUUGGUAUUGACAUAGUGCCUGCCGUUGAGAGUGUGUACAAGUGUGACUUCCUGAACCUGCAGCUGCAGCAGCCUCUGCAGUGGGCCUCUGAUGCCAUGGAGGCUUUCUUAGAGCAACUGCAGGGCCCCAUUGAGGCGUUGCCAGCGCAGCUCUUUCAGGUGGUGGUCUUCUCUCUGCUGCUGUCCUACUUCCCCUCUCCAUACCAGCGCUGGAUCUGCUGCAAGAAGGCCCACGAGCUGCUCAACCUCAACGGCCUUCUCCUCAUCAUCACACCAGACUCCUCCCACCAGAACCGCCAUGCAACCAUGAUGCGCAGCUGGCGAAUUGCAGUGGAGUCAUUGGGCUUCUGCCGCUACAAGUAUGCCAAGUCCUCCCACAUGCACCUUUUGGCCUUCCGCAAGGUCUCGCUGACCACGACCAGUGACCUGGUCAGCUGCAAUUACCCCGAGAUGAUGUACAUCCCCCAGGACUUCCAUAUCCCAGAGCAGGAAGAGGAUGAAGGGGUUGUGCACAACCGGUCAGACCUGGAGGAUGACCAGAUAGCACUUGGCUUUACGGAGCUACCAGACAUGCCGUAUGACUCAGACUCUGGGGACAGCCAGAGCAGUAGUGCCCCGUUUCAUGAGCUGGAAGAUCCAGUCCUGCUUCAGAACUGAAACACACACACUCCCAUUCCUCUUCAUAUUUGUCCUGUCCUUCCCCUCUGCCAGCCUGAUGAGACAGACCUGCUGCCAAAUGAACUUCUAAUUCAUACGCACACGGCCCUCUAAUGGUUUUGUACAGAACAAGAACAAUGCAGUUUGCACAACGGAAGAAGACAUGUUUACCCCUUACGUAUGUCCUCUUUUUUUGAAGCUGUGUCUCAGGUUUGAAGUUUUGGAAAAGUAAACCUUCAGAUAUCCUGUCAGUAGAACACUAGUGUGCACCCCUAACAUAUGGUCUGGGCUUAUUGUGGCCAGCCACCUCUCCCAGAGACUAAACAAUGUCACACGUGUUCUACAGACACUGCAGGUUUACCACUUUACAUGUGAAAAGCAGGGUAAUGGACAGCAUUGCUGCUGUGUUGUAAAGGGUUUCUUGCUAGAGUUAUUCCUGGUUAAGGAAAGUAAUAGAUGAAACUUAUUCUACAAAUGGUUUCCCAACCAGCAUUUUAAACACGUGGUUCCUUUUUGAGCUGGAAUAAGCUGGAAUUGGCCGGUUAU